AUGGCAUUUGAAACGUCAAAGGCAAUUCUUCCUAAGGUCAAGAUCCUUGAGGUCGACGGAGUUCCAGAUGCAGGAUUUCUCAGUCGUGCAUGUCCCUCACUUGAGGCUUUCUCCACGUACAUCCCAUCCAAACAGUGGAAAAGAACGUUUCAAGCUAUUGCUCGCAUGACCACCAUCCAAUGGGUCCGCGUUGAAAACGAAAAUGGUUGGACAGCAUCGCAGGUUCGAGACUUAUUGAAAUACGUGCAGAAGAUCCCGGAGUUGUCCUUCGUGGGUACGAUGAAGUACACACUAGCGGACGUUACAGAUCUGUUCUCCAAUACUCCGAAUCUGGCUAAAAUCACCACCUGUAUCGAACCGUGGAUUAACCCCCAAAAGCUAAGAGAACGGGCUGGGAUGGAUCGUAGAUACUUGAGAUCUCUAUCUUACCGGCAAGUACGCGAUGGAAUGAUCGACAAGUCGCCAUACAGUGCAUCAUCACAAGACAUCGCACGUGCACUCUUCAAUGCAUGUGAAAAUCUCAUUGCCUUUGCCAGCUACAGAUCUGGUCGUGACGGUGUACACACAGAUAAAUGGAACCUCGAGACAGCGUUAGUACCUACCAUUUCCCAGAGAUCGGAUGUGAGGGCGGAGAUUCCACGCUUCUACCUUGAUGUCAACGAUUGUGAUUGGCAAUCGUCUUGA